GGCGGUCCUUAGGCUUUAUCCUCCACUCCGCAUCACCAUAGGAAAUCGACCUGCUAUGGAUCCACAAGCACCCCUCGUCGUAGAUAACGGAACCGGCUUCGUUAAAGUAGGCUACGCAGGCUCCAACUUCCCCGAACAUGUCUUCCCUUCCGUGAUCGGCCGACCGAUUCUGCGUGCGGAGGAGCGCGUCGGGUCCGCCGUGAUCAAGGACCUCAUGAUCGGCGACGAGGCCGCCGAGAACCGCAACUACCUCCAGGUUACCCAGCCGAUGGAGCACGGAAUCAUUCGAAACUGGGAAGACAUGAAGCACCUCUGGGACUACACCUUCGACGAGAAGCUGCGCGUUGAUCCACGUGGCCGCAAGGUCCUCCUCACCGAGCCCCCGAUGAACCCGCGCGCGAACAGGCAGAGGAUGGUUCAGGUUAUGUUUGAGGAGUACGGCUUCCAGGGCGUGUAUGUGGCCAUUCAGGCGGUGUUGACGCUGUAUGCCCAAGGUCUCACGACGGGUGUCGUCGUCGAUUCGGGAGACGGUGUCACGCACAUUGUGCCUGUAUACGACGGUUUCGCGCUCCCUCACUUGACGCGUCGAUUGGAUAUCGCGGGACGAGAUGUCACGCGGUACCUUAUCAAACUCCUUCUCAUGCGCGGGUACGCAUUCAACCGAACGGCCGAUUUUGAGACUGUUCGUGAGAUCAAGGAGAAGCUUUGCUACGUCAGUUAUGAUUUAGACAUGGACGAGAAACUCUCCGAGGAGACGACAGUACUGGUCGAGAGCUACACGCUACCGGAUGGCCGGACCAUCAAGGUUGGCUCUGAGCGCUUUAUGGCGCCGGAAUGCAUGUUCCAACCACAUCUCGUCGAUCUUGAUCAGCCAGGAGUCGCAGAAAUGUUGUUCGAGACCAUCCAAGCCGCCGCCGUCGACACGCGCUCCGAGCUGUACAAACACAUCGUCCUCUCUGGUGGCUCCAGCAUGUACCCUGGUCUGCCGAGUCGCCUUGAGAAAGAGAUGAAGCAGCUGUACCUUACCCGCGUGCUCAACAAUGACCCGUCGCGGCUGAACAAAUUCAAGAUUAAGAUCGAAGACCCGCCCCGCCGGAAACACAUGGUCUUCCUCGGUGGCGCCGUGCUCGCAGACAUCAUGAAGAACCGCGAGGAGUUCUGGAUAUCGCGGGAGGAGUGGUUCGAGCAGGGCGUGCGCGCGCUCGACAAGCUUAACCGCGGCGAGAACUAGGCUGGCGGAGGUGUAGCGGCUUGUCUUUUUCGGUGUACAGUAUCUGCUUCUGUGCGAAUAAUUUCGAUUUCGGAGGUUUUGUUUGAUGCUUAGGCUUGGACUUGGAGGUGGGGUGUGGCUUUCAAUACGAGAGAUGGGGUUCCAGAGAUGAUGUGGCCGGAUGUACGAGCACGCAUCGCUCACAGGCUGAUGCACAGGUUGACUGCAACUGGACGGGCACCGUCUGAAG